AUGAAACUGAAAAGUUGGCUUCCUUUAGCUGGCCUAGCUAGUCUAGCAGCAUCUGAAGAUACUUAUUCUCACGAGGACUAUGUUGUACUAGCUUGCAAGUCAGCAGUUGAGGCAACUGCUACUUUUUGCGAAGGAAAGAGCAAGUCAAACACUUGUGCUUGCUCCAAUCCCGCAGAAUUGGGUUCGUGGAUCUCCUGUAUCUAUAAUAACACUGGAGAGUAUAACCCUGCUGCAGAUCAUGCUCUGAUGAAUAGCUGCCACAAGUAUAAAUUCACCGUUGAUAGUAUCCACGCAGCAUAUGAAAAUGCUACCAAAUACAUGGUCAACAUCAGCGACGUCAAGGGCUUCAAAAAGAACACUAUCAUCAACUACCCGAUCACGGGUGGAAACUUAACCAGAAAUUACCUUGGCUACUACUGGGGUAACGUCCAUAGAUGGAACAAUGUGGCUGUGUCUCACUAUUUGGGUAUUGCAUCAUUGUCAGCCUGGGCUUUGCUGCUAGUUGUGUGUGCACUCAUUAACUGGUCGCUCAUCCUAAUACCUUCGCUGAGAAGGAAGUUGGUAGGCCCAGCCAGUACUUUCUGGAGACAACACAUUGCCCUGCCAGCAGUUUUUGGAGGCAGACAUAUGGAGAACUUUGGAUUGCUAGGAUUAUUCCCCGACAGAUUCGAGUCGAUCGUUCUUGUGGUAUUCUUCGUCUACACUUUCUUGGCAAAUGCUAUUCUGGGAGUCACCUACUAUAAGGGCGAUAUGGUGUUCAAAACAAAGUCUGCCGCAUACGCAAGAUAUAUCGGUGAUAGAUCUGCUAUUCUGCUUUCUUACUUAUUCCCUCUGCUCUUUGGUUUCCCGGGAAGAAACAACAUCAUGCAAUGGAUCACCAGGUGGCCAUAUUCUAGAUUUGUCACAUUUCACAAGGGACUUGGUAGAAUAUUGUGCUUGGAAGUGCUUGUGCAUUCUAUUGCCAUGACUGUCCAGUCUUUUGCGCUUAAGAAGUGGCAUACCAGACUUCAUGCAGCUUACUUCCAACAGGGUAUUGCAGCAACCGUGUGCUGCUGGGUAGCUAUGGGUUUCGCUGCCUAUGGAGUGAGAAGAUACUGGUAUGAGCUUUUCCUCAUCAGCCACAUCGUUUUGAUAGCUAUGUUCUUGUGGACUGCUUGGCUGCACGCCGAUUCCCAGAACUACGGUAAGUACUACUACGCUUGUGCUGCAAUCUGGUGUUUUGAUAGAGCUGUCAGAAUUGCCAGAAUUGUGCUGUUUGGUGUUAGAACUGCUAGGUGUGAAAUCCUUGAAAAAGAAGGAACCAUCAAACUUUCAGUUCCUUAUCCAAAGAGCUACUGGAAGCCUUCUCCAGCUGCUCACGGGUUUGUCUACUUUUUGACUCCAAAGACGUUCUGGCAAUCUCAUCCUUUUACCUUGAUAGACUCUAUCACAGAUAAAAACCAUAUCCACUUCUACUGCAAAAUUAAAGGUGGUGUUACCAAGCUCAUAAGCCAUAGAGUCAGAAACCACGACGAAAAGGUUUUCAAUGUCAAGGUUCUUGUUGAAGGCCCAUACGGUUUGAGGAGCCCGUACCACCAGUACGACAAGGCUGUCCUUAUUGCUGGCGGUAAUGGUAUCCCAGGUCCAUUCUCUUAUGCACUGGACCUGGUGUCUAGAGAAGUCAAGACAGAGGUAAAGCUCUACUGGUCAGUUAGAGAAUUCAACUCCCUAAACUGGUUCAAAGAGGAGCUCACGCAGUUCAAGGGCACCAAUUGCAGACCUAUCAUCUACGUCUCCAACCCCAAUUCCAGUAUAGCCGAAGUGGAUGCUGACAUAACCUCGAAUUCGGGUAGCUCCGUGGAAUUUUCUGAGGAGAAGAAUUUCGAAAGAGAAAAGACUACCGAGCAAACCGUUACUUUGGACGCUUUACAACAGGCCUUUGAGUACGUUGAAUUUCGACGGGGAAGAAUCGAUGUUGACCGGCUCGUCCAGGAGGAAAUUUCUGAAAGUUCGGGAUCCAUUGCUUUCGGUAUCUGUGCUCACCCUAAUAUGACGGAUAACGUCAGAGCUGCUGUCGUCAAAAACCUGGACAACCAGAAGAGAAUUGACUACUUUGAAGAGAUGCAAACCUGGUGA